CCAGCUCAGACAAGCAGCAGAAUCAGCAAAGGUCUUCUUUUUGGUGAAUUGACAGCUAGAGGUGCAGACAUGCUGCUGAAGAGUGGGUUUCUUCUGCUUUUUGUUUUGGUUACAUCUGCAUAUGAAACUAAUCAAGACCCUGCGCAACCAAGGCGAGCUCGAUUCUCAGCCAACAGCCCUACUGAUGUCGCCCGCUGCCUGAACGGUGCUCUCCAGGUUGGCUGUGCAACCUUUGCCUGUCUGGAGAAUUCCACCUGCGACACAGACGGCAUGCAUGAAAUCUGCAAUGCCUUCUUCCACACAGCUGCAAUUUUCAAUACAGAUGGUAAGACCUUUGUGAAAGAAAGCAUCAAAUGCAUUGCCAACGGCAUCACCUCUAAGGUUUUCCAGACCAUCAGACGCUGUUCCACCUUCCAGAAGAUGAUCGCAGAAGUGCAGGAAGAAUGCUACAAGAAGCUUGACAUCUGUGAAGUGGCCCGAUCCAAUCCUGAGGCCAUUGGGGACGUGGUCCAGGUGCCCAACCAUUUCCCAAACAGGUACUACAGCACACUUUUGGAGAGCUUAAUGGAGUGUGACGAUGACAUUGUUGAGGUGGUGCGAGCCGGGCUGGUGUCCAGACUGGGGCCCGACAUGGUCACCCUCUUCCAGCUGCUUCAGAACAAGCCCUGCCCGUCCGAACCAGCUGCAGUGGGGCCUGUUAGGAUUGAGGGCCACUCCGGCUUCCGCUGGCCCCCCAUGUUCAAGAUUCAGCCCAACCUCAGCAACAGGGAUCCCACUCAUCUCUUCGCCAGGAAACGCUCAAUUGAAGGGAGCUCUUAGGGUGGCAUGCAUUUAUGCCCACUGCUGCAUAUUCAGUACCAUGAUUGUUAAAGGUUUCCAUUUGCGCUGUCAUGCAUAUAACUGGAGGAACGUAAUUAGUGAUUAGUGCAUUAGUGAUGAAUGUAUUUGAGUAUAUAAUGGGACAUAAUCUUUGCUUAAUUAAUAGAAACCAACAACUUCUUGAUUGGAUUGCAUUGCAUUUAAUUUACCACCCAAUGUCAUUUAUUCCAUAGUAAAGUUCGAGACUCCCACUAUUUAAUUGUGUUUUAAGAUUAUGACCUUGUAGUGAAUUUGGAAAAUUAUGCAGGAGAAGCCAAAUCAGAUGCACCAGAUUUUGAAAAAGGAGACCUGACACGUUUAUCAACUUGUAGUUGCAGGGCAAAGCUAUUUAUUAAUGUAAAUUUAUAUUUAUUUUUCUUACCAAAUGUAAUUUAUUUAGUUUAUGUUUGUUUAUUUUAUGAUUGUAAGACUAGCCUGAAAUGGUUAGACUAGAUCAGCUCAAAGAUUCUGUUUUCAUUAAGAGAUAUCAUUUUUUUUUUUUUUAUGGACUGAAACUGUUUAUUUCCUAUGCUGGUCAUAAGAAAUAUUAUACACCCGAAGACAGACUAAAUUUGUUGAUGUUGGUGUUAUUAUAUUGUUAAUUAUGCUUGGGUAGAAAUAAAGUUUAAAAA